GUUUUACUUUUGUUUUUGUUUUUUUUUUAUUCCUCAAUAAAGAUUUUGGGAGUAUAUAUAGAGAACAUGUAUGUGAGGAAAUUGAGCUUUUCAAUCUAGAAGGUGUCGAAUAAAUCGACGAGUGAUUAUCUAAGGGCUAAUAUAUUAUUGCAGACAUGGCUUUUGGGGGACUCUUCUUGAAGCGUGCUGCCAUCUCGUGGCACCUUGUCCUGCUGGCCAUCUUUUGUCAUUCUGCGAGUACUGAUGCUGAAGAGCAUUUCCAAGUACUGAGGCCUGAGGACAUCCAAGUGACUUCCUGGCAGUCAGGUCACCAGCAAGGAAAUCCGUCCACUGCGGUUUUGGUGUCUUUUCAGGCCUUUGGAAGACAGUUCAGGCUGAGGUUGCAAAGAGUAGACUCUGGACUCCCAGUGGUUCUUGCCAGGGAUGGAAAGGGAGAUGAGACGGCUUAUCAGGAAGACAUUGUCAGCAUCUGGAAAGGGGCAGUGGAAGAUGAUGCAGAUUGGCAGGCUGUGGUUCAUUUGCCGCCUGAUGGCAGCAAGCAAGUGACUGGCUCUUUGUGGAAUCGCAUUUCCGAUCGUGUCAUUAGAAUCGACCCUGCGUCGAUUAGGCCUCUUGAUUCGCCAGAAUCAUCAUCAGCAGCAGCAGUGCCACCACCACCAGACUCCGUCAUAGUGUAUCGGACGACGACGAGUCAAGAUUUGAUAAAGACGGGGCUUGACUACUCAUCAUCAGCAGCAGCAUCAGCAAGACGUCGUCGGUACUCGUGUGCAGCAUCGGUUGCUGACGAUGGUCCAGCAGGGAUGAUGACGACGACGACGACGACGACGAGGAAGAAGAGAAGAAGCCCUGCAGCAGCAGCACCAGCACCACCACCACCACUAUUGAAGGAUGUCCGUGGGUGGAGCAGACUGCUGAGCAACCACACGUGCCCCAUUGUCCUGGUGGCAGACUACUCCUUCUUCGCCACCAUGGGCGCCAAAUCACUGGCCUUCACCUCCAGCUACUUGGUGCUCAUGAUGGAAAGGAUCAACAGGAUCUUCACGAGCACAGAGUGGAAACUCUCUGCUGACUUGCCGGCCAUUACGGGACUCGGGUUUGCGAUAGAUGAGAUCGUCAUCCACACAGAGCCCAGCUCUCCGACCCUGGGUGCGCAUUACAAUGCCGAGGACCGACCUGACAAUGCCAGUCAUCUCCUAGAGCUGUUUAGUUUUGAGCCUGCUGUGCGCAACAAGUGCUUGGGACACCUGUUUACUGACACCACGUUCCCCACGGGGUCCCUGGGAAUGGCCUAUGUGGCCAUGAACGGAGCAGCAGGCGGCAUCUGUUCUAACACGAUGCCAGUAGGCGGGAGAAUGCCCCAACAGGAAAAUCAUCAUGACGAUAAAAACGGCAGAAAUAAUAAUAAUAAUAACAACAACAAGUUGCAGCAGCAGCAGCAGUCCCUGAAUGUCGGCCUGACCAGCAUCCGCAGUCGGCGUGGCAGCCUCAUGACCAGUCUGGAGGCUGACCUCAUCACAGCCCACGAGUUGGGUCACGCCUGGGGGUCCGAACACGACCCCGACACAGCCGAGUGCUCCCCAAGCGCGGGACCCGGCGGCAAGUACCUCAUGCACGCCUAUUCCGUGUCCGGAACCCUGCCCAACCACAAGGUGUCGCUCCCUUACAAGAACCACGGGUGCUGCACUGAGGACUGCAAGGUUGCCAACGGUGGAAAACUCUGCUCCAGGGCGUCGAGUUCCGAGUGCAUCUCAGACGUCCAUUGCGACGGUAUCAGUCCUAUUUGUGGAUCCCCACUCCCACUAAAAGAUGGCGCUGAGUGUUUCAACAAAGGCCAGUGUUUGAAUGGCACUUGUGUGUCAUUCUGCAAGGCCAUUCAUGGCUCCCAGGACUGUUUUUGCUCCGCAGUGAAGGAUGCUUGUAAGAGAUGCUGUGAGACUGCGAGUCAGGGUUGCCAGCCAGUCAUUCCCAAUCAAUUCCUGGACAAUGGUCACCAAUGCGCUUUCGGAGUUUGCCAUCAGGGUAAAUGCAAGUUGAGUGUGUGGGACAUGGUCAAGAGGAAGUUCAGCAUCAAUGGAGACCCUGAUGAGCAGGGCAAGGUGUUGAGCAGGGUUUUCAAGGACUGCUUGGUCUUUUGGGUUGUGUUCCUAUCAGCUCUGGUGUGGGUUCCAAUCAGCUGCUUAAUCAGCAGACAUGAUGCAAGGGUGGAAAAGGAGUACCAGCAAGCCCUGUACAACUACUACUACAGCAGGACUACUCAAGCCAGCAGGAAAGAAGAUUCGGUGGUGCUUCCAGAGCAGCAGCAUGAAGGAGAAGAGGAGGAGGAAGAAGAAGAACAUUAUUCUCUGUAACUUAUUUUUCUGCAAAUCCGUGAUGGAAAAAUUAAGACAAAAGAGGCGGAGGAUUUAUCGCAUAUUUGUUGGGUCGGUCUUACGCAGUUAUUCUGCUGGGGAAAUGAAAUGAAAAAAGCAAAACAUCAAGAUGGGCG